AUGGAGGCCCUGGACCAACUCGAUGAAAUGGAGCGAGCAAAGGCCUCUUCACUGCCCCCAAUCCGCUUCGACGAGAAAGGGGAUGUAUCCUUUGGGAUCCAUUGGCGGGAGCAGACUGAGUGGAGCCGACGGUCUGUAGCGGCCAAGGAGCGAUGGAAGGACCCAAUCGAGAAGUCGGAUGCUCUCAAGAAGCGGAUGGAGUCGAAGAGACAGGCGCAAGGGAAGAAGAAGAAAGCGACGAGAAAGCAGGACAAGGAUUCAGCGGUCGCGACGCAAGGCAAGGAGGAAGGAGAUCAAGACCCAAGGACGGAAGGGAAGAAGCGCAAGUCAGACAAGCUUCGUCAGCUUCACCAGGAUCAAGGCACAUGGCUGACUGAAAGGCUCCUCUCCGACUCUGAAGUGCGGAAGGGAAGUCUGGAAUGGCGUCUGGCGAAGCGAGAGCGGAGCAAGUCGAGUGAUGAAGCAGAAGGGACAGAGCUGGAUGAGCAAAAAGAAGCCAUGUUGCGAGCCAGGAAGCGAGAAUACAUGCGGAGACACCAGGCUGACAAGACGGAAUGCUUGCAAGGUACCGUGAGAAGAAAAGAUUGCAAAGAGACGGUGAAAGUGUGGGGGAGAUUGACCCUAGGGAUGGAGAGGGGCAAGGGAAAGAAACAGAAUGAAAAAGAUUUCAACUCAAGCUUGACCAGGGUAUCUGCUGUCUUACUCGUUAACAUCGCAUUGAACUCUCAGUAUCGGCUCCCAUUGCCGCGGCUGCGGCUGGACUUGAAGAAUGUUGACUGCCAUUACCUGACGCUCGUUAGCGCAGAGCAGAGGGUAACAGGGGAGGACAGUGAGAGUAGUAGAGGAGGAGCAGGGUUCAAGGAUCAGGCUUCAGAGGGAGGAGCUCACUUCGACGAGGAAGGAGACGGAUUCCUCCCCAAGGAUGUUGACCUCCGAAGUCUUCGUCUUGGAGCACUGCCGUACAGUCACAACAAGAUCAUGGAAGAGCAAGGCCCACCAGCUCCACUUCCACUCCCUCAGCCGCGAGCUGCAUCCUGA